UUGGCCUUAGGUAACCACUGGCCUAACACAAGUUUUCCUCUCAUCCUAGAACAAGUACAAUCACAAUCAACCAAAGAGAAGGAGAAGAGAAAGAAAUUAGAAGUGAGAUUGAAUUGAUUUGAGCGUUGAGCAAUCAAAGAUCUUGCGAGCUUUGAGAGUGAAUCAAGUUGUGAGGGAAAGAAGAAAGUAAGAUAUGGCAGCUCAAGGAGAGGAUCUGAACCUCGAAGCGACGGAGCUCAGAUUAGGACUGCCCGGCACGGUGGAGUCGGAGAAGCAGCAAGCACCUCCGAGCGGGCGGAGCAUGAAGAGGAAUUUAAUCGAUGUGAACAACAAGUGCGGGUCCGAUAAGGAGGAGUCCAAUGGGUCGAGUGCCCAAAAAUGCGAGAAGCAAGAUGUGCAUCGACCAUCUAAGGCACAAGUUGUGGGGUGGCCGCCGGUCCGAUCAUACCGCAAGAACUGCUUCCAAAAGAAGGCGGAGAGCGAGUCGACCGGGGUUUUCAUCAAAGUGAGCAUGGAUGGAGCUCCAUAUCUGAGGAAGAUUGAUCUGAAGCUCUACAAGGGUUAUGCAGAUCUACUCAAGGACUUGCAAGACAUGUUCAAGUUCAAAGUUGUUGAGUAUUGUGAGAGAGAAGGAUACAAUGGAUCCCAGUUUGUACCCACCUAUGAAGACAAAGAUGGUGAUUGGAUGCUAGUAGGAGAUGUUCCAUGGAACAUGUUUAUUACUUCAUGCAAGAGGCUCAGAAUCAUGAAAGGUUCAUCAGAAGUGUCAAAGGGCUUGAAAACUUGAUGGGCAUGGCCUUGCUUCUUUCAGCAAGAGGAUGUUCCAAAGGCUUGGGCUUUCGAAGAUUUGAAUCUGUGAUCAUGAUUUUAGUUUCAUGCCUCUCUCAAAUGUAACAAGGAAAACAGGGGAAAAAAAGUUGAAAAUGGUUUUUCCUUUCUCUUUUUCACUUAUAUGUGUAGUUGAGUAUACUUCCUUUGGUUCAUUGUACAGAGACAAAAAUAAAAUAAAAGACUCUGCUUCUGUUUUUCCCUUAAUAAUUAGAAGCAAGAGGUUUGAAA